AUGAACCCAGAAGAACACUUCUUCGGCCGCCAUUUUCCACGAGCCAUUCAUGGUAUUACCUUAGUGGCAGGAGGGGCAUCGGCGGGUUUGGCAUACGAGAUCCUCAGCAGACCAUGGGACAAAAUUCGUGGGGAUGGAAUAAUACAUUUUUUCCGUGACCCUUCGAUUGUGGGCAACGAAAACCCGGAAACGUCUAUCACUCGUCGUCGGAUAUAUACCGGCAUUCGAACGCUUGCUCGAGUCGGCCCAUGGGGUUUGGGCUUUUUGGUAUGGGAGGCUUUCGGACCGGGUUUGUCCUGA